UAUAUGUAUAUAUACCCAGUGCUCUUCUCCACCUUCAACCAUCCUACCCGCAAUUACUUCUGUGACUCACGCUGUUUCUGAUUUCGCUUAUUUCUCGGCAGAAGAAACACAAGUCCUAAGCUUUUGAUUGUUUUAGGUCCGAAGAAGAAGAAGAAGAUAUGGGUAAAUUCGGUGCAAUGGUGGCCAUUGUUUUGGUAUUGGGGAUGAUCGGUCAUUCUCUUGCGCAGGCUCCAGCAGCUUCGCCGGCAAAAUCACCAGUGGCAUCGCCGACAACGUCAGCGGUUCCAACCCCAGCAAAAACACCCACGCCAUCGGCAUCUCCAGCGCCUUCAUCCUCCUCCCCUGCUCCUGCUUCGCCGGACACCACCUCCCCUGCAGUUGCACCAUCUUCAGACGCCUCUGCCCCUCCCCCCUCAGCCGGAGCUCCCCGUAAAAGCUCUUCCCCUGCCCCCUCUGUUCAAUCCCCAGGCCCAUCUUCAGAUGGCACUACUACUUCUGCCGCCUCUGCUACCGCCGUACAAAAACUAGCCAUCUUUGGAGCUGCUCUGCUCGGAGGUGCCGCGUUUCUUCUGUAAUUAGACGGUUGCAUUGUGAUUAUUUUUGUGGGUAUUUCCCAGAUUCGCAGCUUGCGAGGCUUUCAUUCAUUCAUUUGUUAAGAGACAGGGCUUUUAGAGAACUGUCUCUGUAUCGAUUCUUUUCCCUUAUUUAUCCCGUUAUUGAGCGUGGUCUUCCAUUGGCAUUUAUCCUUUUGUAUAAUCUCCACCCAUGUUUGGAAGUCAAAUUCUUUAAUAAAAAGAUCUUGUGCUUAGGUUGUCGGAAAAUGUCUUCUCAAUACAAUGGAAUUUUUUUGUUUA